AUGUUAUUACAUCGUGCAUCAAAAUGCAGAUCCAUCUCUAUGCUGUCUUUAAAAAGAUCCAUCCCUAUAGUUUCUUUGAGAAGAUCUAUGGCUCAAUUGUCUAAUGUAAAAGUUCCACCCACAAUCAAUAAUGAACCAACAAAGACAUUCUCAAGUACACCAGAAAGUACUAAAGAUUGGGAUUUAUUAAGAGCUUCUUUAUUAAAAUUUAAUAAUGCAGCUCUAGAGAUCCCUUUAGUGAUCAAUGGUUGCAGAGUUUACGCAAACGAUGAAGGCUCUACACGUAAAACAACUCAACACGUAAACCCUUCAAAUCAUAAACAAAUAUUAGCUAAUGUUACUCAAGCUAAUGGUCAGGAUGUCCAAGACGCUAUAGAAGCAUCUAAAAAUGCCAAGAAGAAAUGGUAUUCUUUACCAUUUUAUGAUAGAGCAGCUGUAUUUUUAAAAGCUGCUGAUUUGAUUUCUACCAAAUACCGUUAUGAUAUGUUGGCUGCUUGUAUGUUAGGUCAAGGUAAAAAUGUUUAUCAAGCUGAAAUUGAUUGUAUUGCAGAAUUAUGUGAUUUCUUUAGAUUUAACGUAAAAUACGCUUCUGAAUUAUAUUCACAACAACCUACUAAUGGUACAAAGGGGAUUUGGAAUUCUGUAGAAUAUAGACCUCUUGAAGGAUUUGUCUACGCGGUUUCACCUUUCAAUUUUACUGCAAUUGCUGCAAAUUUGGUUGGAGCUCCUGCUUUAAUGGGUAACACUGUCCUUUGGAAACCCUCUCAAUAUGCUGCAUUAUCAAAUUAUUUGUUAUAUACAGUCCUUGAAGAAGCUGGUUUACCAAAUGGUGUCAUCAAUUUUAUUCCUGGUGAUCCUGAAUUUAUUACCAAUGAAUUGAUCAAAGAUCCAUAUUUCAAUGCAUUACAUUAUACUGGAUCUACUCAAGUAUUUAAAUCGUUAUAUUCAAAGAUUCAAAAUAAACUUGUCGAUGGAACUUAUAGAGAUUAUCCAAGAAUCGUAGGAGAAACAGGUGGUAAGAACUUCCAUUUGGUUCAUAAUUCCGCAAAUUUACCUAAUGCUAUCUUUAAUACAAUUAGAGGUGCAUUCGAGUAUCAAGGUCAAAAAUGUUCUGCCACAUCUCGUCUAUAUAUACCAGAAUCUAAGAGUACUGAAUUUUUAAAUGAUUUGGUUGGUACUUUGAGUGAAGAAGAUUCUAAGUUUGCUCCAAAAAAUAUUGCAGCUAGUGCCAUUAGCAAUGGUGAUUUACAUGGGUUUACAGGUCCUGUGAUUCAUGAAGCAAGUUUUAAUAAAUUAGCAAAAGUUAUCGACGAAGCCAAAAAGGAUCCAGAAUUGGAAAUUAUUUACGGUGGUACUUACGAUAAGACUAAUGGUUACUUCAUUCAUCCAACCAUUAUAAAAUGUAAAGAUCCAAACCAUAAAUUCUUAAAGACAGAAUUUUUUGGUCCUAUCCUUACAGUAUACGAAUAUCCAGAUGAAAGAUUUGUCGAUAUUUGUAGAACUAUCGAUGAAACAAGUACCUACGGUUUGACAGGUGCUAUAUUUGCUAAAGAUAGAAGUGCUAUUCAAGUGGCUAAUGAUAUCUUGAGGUACAGUGCAGGUAACUUCUAUAUUAAUGAUAAAUGUACUGCUGCUGUAGUGGCACAACAAUGGUUCGGUGGUGCAAGAAUGAGUGGUACUAAUGAUAAAGCAGGUAGUGGUAAUAUCUUAAGUAGAUUUGUGAGUAUGAGAAAUACAAAAGAAAAUUUCUACGAUAUUACUGGUUAUAAAUAUCCAUCUAAUUACGAUUAG